AUGAACUCGUUAUCGUAUGAUUCGAUGCGUCAGUCCCUGUCCAGUCUUUUAAGAACUCAUUCCCUUACUCAGUUACUUACACGGGAUCACGAGCAAUUAGUAACUCAAUCACAUUUCAUAUCCUAUUACCAUCCAAAUAUCGAUCGAGAGAAAGCUGAACAAUUACUAAAAACAAACUAUUCGAAAUCGAAUUCCGAUGGCUUAUUUCUAAUACGAAAUUGUACAACUUCGUCAAAAGAUUUCAGUUUAUCAUUGAUUUCUACUAACCGAUGUUAUCAUUACAAAAUACAACUGAUUUAUGACGUCUUUUUUUCAAUCGAUUCUGGACCACAAAUUGCUGGACUAGAUAAUUUAGUAUAUUAUUAUCAACAACGUGCUGAUGGACUUGUUUGUACACUUGCCAAUGAAUUCAUUCAAGGUCAACCACCUCCGCUUGCUGUCCGUUGUAUGGGCACAACGAAUGUUCUUCAUCGAGCCUGUAAAGAAGGUAAUCUGGAUGUCGUAAGAAGAAUUCUUUCGUCGGAAUAUGUCAAUCAUCAACCUGAUGUUAAUGGGAAAGAUUCUUACGGUUCAACCGCACUUCACGAAGCGAGCUAUCUCGGCUAUGAUGAUAUCGUUCGAUUGUUAAUCAAUGCUCAAUGCAGUGUUCUUGUUCGCGAUGCAAAUGGUGCGACCGCUUUACAUCGAGCAGCAGCAGGUAAUCGUUCGUCAACAUUAUUGCUCUUAAUCAAAGAAGGUCUAGCAGAUUAUGAAGAACGUAAUUAUAAAAACUCUUGGGUACCAUUACAUGAAGCCGCAUUUCACGAUUCAGUUGAUUGUAUUCAAGUUUUACUCGAUUGUGGUGCACCAUUACGUCCGCGGACCGAUCAAGGUAAAACUCCUUUGCAAAUAGCUGAAGAAGGUCAAUGCACUGGCUCGAUUGCCCUCUUACGUCAAUACAACACUCCACCAGCCAAAUCAUCUCGAUCGGAUUGGUUCCACGAUCAAUUGUAUUUUGAACGUUUUGCCGCCAAAAAAUUAAUUGAGUCAGUUAACACGGACUCUUCCAAUGGUUUGUUCGUCGUUCGUUACAGUUCACAAAACUUGAAGAAUUAUGCUUUGACACUUUACUAUGAAAAAGAAUUUUACAAUUUUGAAAUCAUUUGUCAGAAUGAAAAGAGUUUCUAUAUUGAUGAUGGACCGUAUUUUGAAUCACUGGAACAUCUAAUUGAUCAUUACUGUCGAAUACCUGAUGGGUUACCGACGGUACUAACUUGCUCAGUAAAUCAAGCCAAAGAGAUUGUUCCGAGCCGUGUACAAUCAUUCACAAAAUCUCAAACCAAUUAUAAAGCACCAGGAACGUCAAUACCAAUAAAACCAACUGUUAGUCGUCAAACAAGUGUGGAGGCAACUAAAAUAAUCCCUCGAUCGAAAUGUGUCAAUUCUCUAAGUAGUUCGAUAACCUCUCUCAAUUCCUCGUCUUCUCGUUCGUGUGUUUCAUCGACUCAAGAAAGUCCUCUAUCAACAUCAUCAUCGAAUGCAUCACUUGCAAGUAACAGUCCAAGCAAACCGGCGAUAUUGCUUGUCCCUAAGGAGAACUCUCUCCGUGAUCGCCGAAAGACUGUAGGUGAUCAACCUCUAGCAUACAUAUCAGAUCUUUCUAAAGAAGCAAAAAUCAAACGAUUAGCCACAUCGGUCGGGAAAUUCGAAAAACAAAACUCAUCUAAAUUGAAACAUAUCUUACCUGAUCAAAUUCAACAGGUUGCUAAAUUAGGCGAAGGAGAAUUCGGUGAAGUUUACGAAGGUCUCUAUCAAGAAAAUUCACUGGCUCUACCGGUUGCGAUCAAAGUUCUCAAAGAUUAUACCUAUUCGGCUAAACAAGACUUUCUCCGUGAAGCGGAACAUAUGUCUCGACUAGAUCAUCAUUGUAUCUGUAAACUGUAUGGCAUCGUCGAUUCAAACAAUAAUGCCAUGAUGAUGAUUCUAGAACUGUUACUUCUUGGAUCAAUGGCGGAUUAUCUCUGGAAGCAUAAGUUACGCGUUAGUGAAUAUCGACUAAAGUUAUGGGCCUCGCAGAUCGCAGAUGGGAUGAAAUAUAUGGAACACAAAGGAAUUGUACAUCGCGAUCUAGCCGCUAGAAAUAUUCUUCUACAAUCAAUUGAUCAAGCUAAAAUAAGUGAUUUCGGCCUAUCGAGAUGUAUUGAUACGGAUAUCUAUGUACAGAAAUCGGAUAGUAAAAUUCCAGUGAAAUGGUACUCACCAGAAGCGAUAAGCGUAGGACGAUUUACCUCGAAAUCGGACGUUUGGUCAUUUGGUGUGACUAUGUGGGAAAUGUUUUCCUACGCUGCGAAUCCAUAUGGAGAUAUGAGCGGUAGUGAAGUAUAUUAUUCGUUAAAGCAUGGAUCUCGUCUUAGUCGACCAGUAGGCUGUCCAUUGUCUAUGUAUCAAAUAAUGCUUCUUUGUUGGAAAUGGGAUGAGAAGCAACGGCCGACAUUCUAUCAGCUCGUUCGAUUGAUAAAACGUGAAUUUAUCGAUCGUCAUUUGAAUAAGACUUAUCGACGAUCGAUAUCGGUCGUUGAUGAGAUUCAUGGCGAAAAAGAGAAUACUUUUGAUAACGCUGAGCAAGAAUUGAAGAAGAUUAUUCAAUUUUGA